CUUAUUGAAAAACAUGUGUAACUUUUUUUGGGGGACUGAUAAUGGUAAAAACAAGUACCACUGGUGUGAUUGGGAUAAGCUUUGUUUCCCCAAAGAUGAAUCUGGUAUUGGCAUCAGGAGUAUGAUGGAUAUCUCAUAUACUCUUGCUGUUAAGAGAUGGUGGAGAUUUAGAUCAAUGAAUUCACUGUGGGCUGAUUUUCUAAAGGCAAAAUAUUGCAUCAGAAAACAUCAUGUUGCUAAGAAAUGGGUUCCUGGUGACUCUCAAGCAUGGAAACAUUUGCUAUGGACAAGAGACAAAAGUGAAAAGUGCAUUAACUGGAAAAUCAACUCUGGAGAUUGUAAUUUUUGGUGGGAUGACUAGACAAGAAUGGGCCCUUUAGCUCAAAUAUGUCCUGACUUCAUGAUUGGUAAUGGACAAAGGAUCAAGAUUAGAGAUUUUAUGAACAAUAAUAGGUGGAAUGUCCAGAAGCUCUACAACACCAUGCCAGGUCACAUUGCUCUUUUCAUUAGUUCUGUUGGUAUUGGGGAUGUGAAUGACAGGGAUUAUGCAGUGUGGAAGGCUACUGAUAAUGGUCAAUAUUCAAAUAAAUCUGCUUGGACCAUUAUUAGAAGUCUUAGACAAAAAGCACCUUUGAUUACUAAAAUCUGGCACAAUGCAGUUCCCUUCAAGAUCUCUUUCCUUAGUUGGAGAUUGUUACACAACAAAUUGCCUUUCAAAGAUGCUGUGGCUAAAUUUGGUAAACAAGGCUUCAAAGACUGUAUAUGUUGCAUCUCGCCACAAGAUGAAACACCUCAACAUGCUUUUAUCGAAGGAAAGGUUGCUCAUCAUCUGUGGAACAAAAUUGGAGCCCCUUUGGGCUUUAAACAUCACAAUAUUCCUUUCAGAGGUUUACUUGAAGAAUGGUGGAAUAGAAAAGCCAAAAACAAGGUCCACAAAUUUACUAUGCAAAUUGCUCCAAUGAUGAUAUUGUGGGAGAUAUGGAAAGCUUGGAGUUCUUGCAGAUUUGGGGAACAAAAGAAGUUUGAUUUAUACAAGAUGGAAAUGCAAAUCACCUGGAACAUGAAAGCUGCAAUAACUGUUGCAUAUCCCACCAUCAAUGCAGAGAGCAACUGGUGUAACAGAGGUGAUAUGAUUGAAAAACUUAGCCCUGUGGUAAAAUGCAUCCCUGUAUGCUAGAGAAAACCAGAGAUGGGAUGGUUUAAUCUUAACACUGAUGGCAAUUUUGUGGAUAUUACUAACAAAGCUUAAGAUAGGUGGCAUUCUAAGAAAUGAGGAAGGGAUCUAAUAAUGGCUUUUUCUAUCUCUGUGGACUGUGAGAGUCACAAUAUUGCAGAAGCAUUGGCUGCUGAGCAUGGCAUUGGAUGGUGCAUGAAUCAUGGCUUUGAUAAUGUGCAAAUUGAGCUAGACUCCCAAAUCAUAGUCAUGAUGCUGCUCAACAAAGAUACAAACAACUUGAGCUCAAGGAGACCAUCAACAACACAAAUGGCUUUCGUAAAGAUGCAAUUGUGCAAAUUUCUCACUGUUACAGAGAGGCUAACAUGGUGGCUGAUUUCCUUGCUAAAAUGGCUUCAACAAGUAGAAGGAGGACCUUAUAUCUUUCUCAAAGGGAUUUACCAAGAGAAGUCAAGGGGCUAAUUCAACUUGAUGAGCAACAACUUUCUACUUUUAGAAGAAGAUUUGAAAAAUGUAACUUCUUUGUAAGCUAGAAUAUCUUGAUAGCUAGGGAGGAUUCUGUUCAUUUGGCUGCCUCCUCCCUUUUAGAUUGUUUUUACAAUCUCUUUUGUAGACUAGAGGCAAGAUUCCAUGUCUCCCUCUAGUCAUUGUAAAUUAUCUUUACUUAUAUAAUACAUGGUAGGGGUCAAGCCAAACCCCCCACAACAUACGUUCACAAUCUAACGGUGAUGGCUUAAUAUAAAAAUAAAAUAAAAGUAUUACCAUGUUCCAGAGAUAACCAGGCUGCAGAAAGUAAAGAUACUAAAAGCCACAAUUGCCUGUGUAUACACAAAAUUGACUCUGAAACCAAAGAUAUGUAUACCUUUCAUUUUUACUUCUUUUACAGAGAAUAUAAUUGUAUUAAUUUACAAUUAACAGAACUAUUCUGAUGUGUUCUCCAGAAGGUUAUACAUGCAGCCGUGUACUUUCAAGAGCUCUCCCUCCUAACCCCCUCCCCCAACCCAAAAACCCAAAAGCUAGAGAAAA